UAUAACAACAAUUUUUCCUCUUCUUCUUCUAAACUUUUUUUUUAUACAGUGAAAUUAUGUAUAUUAUUUUGAUUUUAUAGAUGUAUGUAUCGUUAUACUUAUAUACGCAUGUAUGAGUCAACAACCGAAAUAUUUAGGUUUGUUCAAAAGAAAAAGAAAUAUCAAUUAUAUUUUUUAUUUAUAUUGGUUAAACAUAUUAUUAUUCUAUAUAUAUAACUGAUAGUUUAUAGAAAGGUCUAGCGGAUCUCAUUCGUUUCAAAGACUCGUUCGCAUAUUUUAAACACUUAUCAAUGUUUGGUAGCCUUCUUUCUAAGUAGAUGUUACAACUAGUACUCUCGAUUGAUAUAUUUAGCUAAUGAGAUAUAUUUAACGAAUGAAAGCAGGUCACGUUAAAGUACAACAAACUGUUUGAUUGUGACAUCGAUUCCUAUUUAUUAUAACAGAAUGCUUUAUUUAUCGACAAUCUAAUUAAAUCAAUUAUGUCAAUUAUGUCAUGAUUUUGAUAUAAUUCCCAUAUGUAUUAUGAUAUAAUCAUAGAUGUAUGAAAAAGCAAAUUCAAUUUUUAAUAGCUCAUAGUACAUUCCCAAUUAUUCGCAAGCAACAUACAAACUUUAGAAAUAAAAAUAGCUACAAAAGACUAAAUAUGUAGUGUAAAUAUUAAAAGUGCAAUUACUGUGAAAACAUUUAAGAAACAGACGUAAGAAAAUGGAAGCAGGAAGCGGAGAAACAGAGACAGUAUUGGAGGAAAAAGUAGGAAAGAACUGGACGAGAGGAAUAAAAAGGAAAAUAAAGGAAAUAUGGGGUAGGAGUGUGAGGAGAGAAAACACGACAAAGAGAACAGGGAAGGAGAACAAACAAAAGAUAGAGAAAAAAUCACAUAAAGCAAAGUGCUCUAAUAGGAAAGCAGGAGACAGUGCAUACCAAAAAGAGAUAAACAGAUUCAGCUGUACUUCAGAUCCUAAAUCUGAAAAUUAUUAGGUUGUAACAUAAGUAAAUUCAGUUAAACUCAAUAUUUUUCUUUAUUUGACCGAACCUAUUUAUGUUACAACCCAAUAUAUUUAUAAAUAGAUACGAUAGAUACUAGGUCUUAAGUUUAUAUGUAUGAUAUAUUUAUACUACCGAGUAGAGAGAAGUACAUAUGAGGAUAUAAAAGCCAAAAUCCCCAAGGUCCGAAAAAGCAAAUAAGAUAUCAAUGAAUAAAUAUUAAAGGUACUUUUUGUAACCACUGUGGAAAACAACUUUUUAGCGAAUUGAGUAGAUUACGAUUACGAUGUAUAUGUAACAAAUUUAGUAAAAAAAUUGGUUUCAAGGAUGGUUAUCCCGUAUGCAUAUUUUGUGGCAUUAAUGCUACAGUAACUUCGGAUGGGAACGACUGCGUAUCAUGUAACACGGCGUGUAGAUGCGCCCCUAAUGAAAUACAAGGUAAUAAUUAAAGCAUUUGCAAUAGACAAAAGUAUUUAUGUAUUAGCAUUUAAACUAAACUACUUUAAAUUACAUAUUUGUAACAUAUUAUCUAUUCAUUAAAUUGCUGAUUCUUUAAUUAUUUAUAUUAUUGUUAGUUAUAUUUUAAUCAUUUUACAGUAGAUAGACACUUAAAUGGAACGUUAUUGGAUACUAUACAUUGUGUUCCAUGUAUCAAUAAUACUUAUCCAUUUUUUGAUGUAUCUAAAUGCUUGCCCUGCAAAAAUUUUGAAUAUGAUUAUUAUCAAACUGAUAUGUAUUUAACAAAGUACCAUUAUACACAGAUACAGAAUUAUUGUUUACAUAAAAGUACUUCUGUCGAUAAAGAGAAUACAAAACCUGCAUUUCAAGUGAAGUUUAACAGUCAAAACACAAAUAAUUAUUUUAGAAAUGAACUUCAAACUGCUGUAUAUUUUUGUAAGAAAAAAGAUAAAUUAGCGUGUGAAUAUUUAUCAAACAUAUGUGUUUUAAGUCUUUAUGCUAAUGAUAUUGCAUGCAAAUUCUUUAUGCAAAAACAAAAAUCACCUAUAUGGUUAUUUUAUAAUAAAGAUGAAGCUACAACUGUAUUAAAUAGCAAACAAAUUACACAAAAUUAUAGCUUGAUAAAAGGAGACAAGGAUAAUAUAUUAAAUUUUACAGUUAUAACAUUCUCUUUACAUGGCGAUUUUAAAUCAAUUGGUGCACCUAAUAUUCCAUGCAAUUUGUUGGAACAUGUUAAAUUUGGUAUUAAUUUUGAAAAAAAAUGCAAAUUUGCAAUUAAAAAUUUAUUGCACACAGAGGUAGAGUUUAUAUCUCCUUACUUAACAUUUAUAAGAGAUAACAAAAUUUUAAUGUAUGCAUUACCUGUAUUUGUUAAAAACAUUAAUCAGAAUCAUAAUAAAUUAUCAGAUUGGCAGUUAGUUCGAAAAUUUUUCUUUGUUGACAAUAUUAGUGGUUUUAAAACAUUAUAUAAUCUCACAAGUAACAAUGGUGAUGAACUAUCUGUAUUACGUUAUAUGAAAUCUUUAAAUGUAAUAAUUAAUAUUCAAAGUAAAAAGGAUAACAAUAAAAUAUUUCCUCCUUUAUUAAUUAUUGAAUAUGCUGAAUUAACAUAUGAACAGAUUGAUAAAAUUAUAGAAGUUACAUUAGAUUAUAAAAUAAGAUUUACUCUAAAAGAUGACAAUAUUGAUUCACAUUUCAUGAUAAUUAUUGGGAUUUUGUCAGGAUUAAGUUUCAUUUUAUCUGGAAUAAAAACAUGGAAAUACAGUAAACAACAUCACACUUCUUCUAUUAAUGUAUUUGUAUUUAUUUGGUUUUUUAUUUACGCUAUGUCUGCUAUAGGAAGCAUAAUUAUUUUAUGUUUGGUUAUUUUAUGCCUAUAUCUAUUUAUGUUUUAUAAAGGAAAAACAAUACCAUAUAUCCUCUUCUCUGAAGAUGUCAAUGAAAAGAUGAUAAAAACAUUUAGUACAGUAGCAUUUUUUUCUAAACUUAUAGAAAUAUUUGGAUUUAUUUGUCAAUAUUGGAAUAUUAAUAUAUUCUUUAUUGAUUGGGAACAACCAAAAACGAUAUACAAUCAAUGUAAUGAUCUUCCACAUGUGCCUAUAAAUGAAUUACAUAAUGAUAAACUCUCAAGGAAUAAAUUAAAACAUUUGCAAAUGUCAUCAGAAACAAUAACAGCUAAACGCAAGAAAAUCUUAUAUAAUUUAAAUAAGCAUAAUAACUUCAAAAAUUUUAACAAAUCUUUUCCAGUUAACAAGCACAAAACUAAUAUUUCAAUUACAAACUCGAUAUCAAAAAGUUCUGAUCAGAUGAUAAAUAAAAGUAGCAAUUUUAAUAAUUCAUCUAUUAGUAUAUGGAGAACAUACUUUAUUGCAAGUCAGUGGUUAAAUCUUCAAACUGAAAGAAAGAUAAACAUAAAGAUACAAUUGCUUGUGGUUUUAUGUAUUUUUCAGGUCAUACGACUGUAUCCAUGGAUUCUCGGGAUACCAGAAUUAAUCCCAACAUUUUCUGAAGAUUGUAAUUUUAUUUUAUAUUUUACAAUAUGUGUCUUAAUAUAUAUAUUAACCUAUUCCAUCCAGUGGUUAGUGUUCAUUGUAUUCUAUGAACAAUGUAUUGCAAACAAAAUGCAAGAAUUUAUAAAUGUAUGUUCAAUUGCAAACAUCAGUGUAUUUAUUUUACCAUUUAAUUAUUAUGGUUUUUAUAUUCAUGGAAGAUCAGUGCAUGGAUUUGCAGACACAGACUUAUGUACUUUAAUUAAUGAUUUACAAAUGGAAAAAAAUAAUUUAUGUGCACAUAGAGGUCUUGUGCCAGGAACAACUCAACAAACAUUUAUAUUGUACUUAACAAAAACUUUCAGAAUUACUUUUAACAAAAGUUUAGAGCUGAUGAAUAUCAAACCAAGUAAUUUUAUAAGGACUUAUUAUUCAAAUUGGGAAUAUAUUUUCAAUAAUCAAUUAAAAGUGAAAGAAUAUCUAUGUAAAUAUCUAGAUCACUGCAUAACAAAUGAAGACUAUGCCAUUAAAGAACAACAUUUUUUUGAGAAGUUAUUUAAUAUAGUAUUUUCCCACAACGAAGAGAAAUCAAUUUUCUAUAUUGAUAAUAAUUAUUCUUUCAGUCAAGUAUUAUUGUACGGAAAUGAGUGGUUAUUUGCAACAUUUGAAAUUUCAGUAUUUACUUUCAUUAUUGUGUUAUGUAACGAUUGUACAUUAGCUAUUAUAAUUGCAGUAUUAGUGUCAAUGCUGUUAGUUGUGAUAGUAAAAGAAAAUGGCAAAAAAAAUUUAAAUAAUCAUACAUUAUUAGAUAAAUUGUAUUUUAUGUAAAUGAUUUGUAUUAUUCAAAUAUUGUGACAUAUUUUGUAUUUGAUACGUUUAUAUUAACAUAUAUUACUUACUAUUAAUUUGUAUAGGCUAUUUAAAAAAUGUAUGUCAUAGGUUUACCGGAUGAUUUUACACCUUCCAUUUUAACCAUAGGUUUAAUGGAGAUCUGUUUAAAAAAAGUGCAUACUGCAAAAUGGACGUUGACCUCGAAACUUGACAUUGAAACUUUUAUUCACAAAUAAAUUUAUUCGCAAAUAUUUAAUUAUUCGUUAAAUUCAUAAUUAGGAGUUACUAUUUUCCUUUUAUUACUUGUAUAUUCAUUCACGAAUGAUGC